GCUACAUUGCAUUUACAAACAAGACAAAAGCGGGCGAGUUUUCAGCAUUUGCAUGGAAAAGACAUCAUAGUGCAUAACUACGUCGUAUAUUAGCCUGUUUGUCAUAUUACAUUUACAAAGAAGACAAAAGGGGACGAGUUUUUAGCAGUGACGUUAAAAUUUCUUCGUAGCUCAUAACCUUUCGAAAACAAAACGAAUACCUCUACAGGGCUAAGCAUUUAGUGAGAAAUUUGGAUGAUGGGUGAAGUUAUCAUCAGCACCAGCAGUGAAGCAAAGGUUUCUUUUUUUCAAACUGCUUCAGUUUUAAGAAGUAACAAUAGAUAUUGUGAUGCAAUGGUGCGUGUGGGAAAGAAAUGGUACAGUGCCCAUAAACUUAUUCUAGUCUCCUACUCAAAAUAUUUUGCUGACUAUUUCCGCUUGUUGGUAACUAACGAUUGUGGUGUCGUUCUCUCAGAUAUAAGUGAAGAGAUGUUUAGCUAUGUGCUAGACUAUAUGUACGGUAAAGAGAUCCAUGUGCCAGUUAGUUGCUUGGGAGACUUGAUGAAAACGGCCAUAAAACUGGAGGUACAGGACUUGGUCCAUCAAUUUGAGACAGGGCAGUUUGGUAAGAGAGAGAUUGGUGGAACAGAACACAUUCUGAGUGCCAUGCCCACAGCAAACAAUGACAUAGGAUCUGAAUGUGGCACUGAUAUGAUGGAUGAUUCUAAUUCUUCUGACUCUGUAUUUCCUGUGAAUGGUUCAGAUCAUUUAAAAAAACAGCAUAUCAUACAAAACCAAAUGGCAUUCAGUAAUUCAUUAAACUGCGAUGAAAAAGAGGCAAUGGUAGAAAACAUGGAUGAUGGUAAAUUGCUUGCAACCGCGGUAAUAUGCAAGCGCUUAGAAGAGGUGGGUUGGCCCAGUGGCACUCAGAACAUGUCUGAAUUGACUCCGACAGAUUCUGGGAUUGGAAGUAAUUCUAAGAGCAACUUUUUCUGUGUAAGUUGCAAAUCUUCCUUUCCCAAUAUAAAAGAAAAAUGUCUUCACUUUUUAGCCCAAAAAUGCUCUGGGUCUUUGCUCAAAUCGACGCGAGUAAGUUUUAACCGGAGGUUAAGAAACAGAGGGAAAAGUCCAUUUUACACAACUACCUCACACCAUGUGUGCUACACUUGCUAUAAGGGUUUCAUCUCUAGGUCUUCAUUUGUAAGACAUAUUCAACUGAAUCACAACAAGAAAACAGCAAAGAAGUUUUCAAAGGGUCGGAUAGGUGAUAAAAAAACUUUGAAUGGCAAACAGACCUUAAAAAAUAUUCCGUUUCAGUUGAAGGUUCCCAUAUUUGAAGGAGAGGAUAGGAAUGUUAUAUCAACUGAAUUAACAAAAAUAUUUAAUAGGUGUGAACUUUGUGGUACACAGUUUGAGAAUGCAAAAGAACUUGUUGAACAUCAGGCAGAUAGUCAUGGACUGGGAAUAUUUCAAGAGACCUUCCAUUGCCCUGAUUGUUAUGAGAUGUUCACGAUCAAGGAAUUAUAUAGAUUGCAUCAACAAACAACCCAUGAAAAAAACCUCUACAUCUGCACAGAAGAGGGUUGUCAUGUGGCAUGCUCAACAAGCAGAGACAUUAUACUUCAUUUGAAAGAGGAGCACAAUACUGAUCCUCCAUUCAAGUGCUGCAUAUGUGGCCAUGCCGUUACAGUAAAACAGCAUCUCAAAAGGCACAUUUAUCUUCAUUAUGAUCAGCGCAAAAAAUAUUCUUGUGAAAUAUGUAAUAAAGUGUAUAGGACAGAGAAAGAGCAGUUACAACACAGGUACUCCAAGCAUGGUGUGAUUGAUGAAGAAAAAGCUCUACGUUGUACACAUGAUAACUGCUCCUACCUGACAUACCACUUGCCUAAUCUUGAGAGUCAUCUGAAGGCCAAACAUUUAAAUGAGAAGAAUUUUACUUGCUCACUGUGCAAUAGGAAGUACUCUUCUAGGGGGUCACUGACUGCCCAUAAGCUGGUUCAACAUGAAAUGCGUUAUGUAUGCAAUUGCCCACAUUGUGGCAAAAAGGCAAAAGAUAAAACUGCUUUGAAGUCUCAUCUGAAGAGAUGCAGAGGAGAAACCAUGUCAUUUUUGUGCACUCAUUGUGAAUAUUCUACUGAUUCCAGAAUCACAAUUGAAAGUCAUCAGUAUAAAAAACACGGUAUACUGCCAGUCAAAGGUAAAAUUUACAGUUGUGAUGUGUGCGACUACAAAUGUGUGACAAAUAGCGGAAUGAAACGGCACAAGCGUGCACAUAUCGAAGGAUAUGAUAUUGUAUGUGACAUCUGUGGAAAAAAAUUAAAGCAAGGCUCUCUGAAAACACACCUGAAGGUCCACAAAGAUACAUAUGAUUUUCAUUGCCCACAUUGCAGCUUUAAAACACGGCUGAAAAAUGCGUUUGUCGAGCAUGUCCGUUACCAGCACAAAGAAGUAGGGAAGAGGCCAUACAAGUGCAACUACUGUGAGCACAGGACUAAUUUGAAGUCAAAUUGUGUAAAGCACAUUAAAAAUAUCCAUAAAGGAAAAAAACCUGUAGUUAUUCACCUCAGUGGCAAUGACCUGUAAAGACUUCGCAAGUAUUGAAAUUGCUACUUGUUUCCAGCUUGUACUUGUUUCCCAGUGUGACCUAUAACAAAUAUAUUAUGAUUUGCAAGAAGGGCACUGUAGAUAAUUGGGGGGAAAAAGUUGAGGGAAAGUGUUUUAUUUUAUGAGCCAAUUUGAUAGAUAAGGUAUAUUGUAAAUAUAACUAGUUUCAUAACAUUGGUUUUUAUUAUAACUAAUUCAGAAUAAAAAUUAAAUUAUUAUGCAUAUGGAAAUAAUUCUUAGUCUUGUCAUUCGUACAGUAAACAAUUUAAGUGUAUGGCUAUUAAUUGGCAUAUUUGUAAAUUGGCUAAUUACAGUUCAAUGUCAUUCUUUAAAAGGGAUGAGACACUAAGAAAAUAUAAACAAUUUUUGUGGCAGUUAAGCUGUCAAAUGGAGUGAAAGAUGAUAAAAAUGUUGACCUAAUACAGAAAUGAAGAACCACUUAAUAUAUUUUUCUUUUAUUUUUU